GCCCCUCCCGCGCGCUCCGAGGCGCCAUGGGCUGAAAACUAAACCGAGAUGGAAUCUCCCAGUCUGAACCGGUUUGAGCCGGUUCCGAGUCUGUGGCACUAGAGGAGGAGGAGGCGGAGGAGGGGGACGAGCGGAAGGAGAAGAAGCGCCGCCGCCGCCACCGAAAGAGGGGGAGAAGGGAGAAAAGAAAAAAAGGGGGGAGCGGGGGUAAAAAAAAAAGAGAGGCAGAAGAAGCCGCCGCCGCGCUUGGUCCCCUUUUGCCGCCUUUUGCCGUGUGUGUGGAGAGAGAAGGAAGGGGGGGCGCUGAGGAGCGAGCUGCGUGAGGAGAAGGGGGCGCGCGCGUGUUUCCGCGAGUGCGUGUGAAAGGCGGGCGAGGGGUUCAUUAAGCGCAGGAGUGGAGCGGCUGAGGAAGGGGGUGGGUGGGUUUCGGGGCCGGGGAGGGGGCUAAGCCAAGGGGGAUGAGCGGACCUCCGUGAGGGGACUUGGCCGACUCGCUCCACGCUCACUGGAGUUUCCUUGAGGACACCCCACUCCCCCAAAAAAAGAAUAAUAAUUCUGUGUGGGGCUCUUUUUUUACCCUCAUAACGGGGUGGUUCGCUGAGGCGAACACCUCCUUUUGGUCCAUCUUCUGCCUGCCAGCUCCCCUCGUUUUCGGGGGACGAGGUGUUGUGUUUGUCUUGUAGGCCCCAACCGAAGGGGUUGGCCCAUCUCCCUUCCAAGCAGCGUGGCUGCCUCACCUUCGCUGGAGGCUUCUUGAAACCGCUUUUUUAAAAAACAGAGAGAGAGAAAUAUAUAUACGUACAUAUAUCUAUCUAUAUAUAUUUAUAGUUUUGCCGUGUGUUUCUGUAUAUAUACGCGAGCGUGAGAGAGUAUAGCCUUCCCAUACAACUGAAUCUUGAGGAAAGGGCGGGAGAGGCAGGAAAAAGGGGGAGGAGAGAGAGAGAGAGAGGGCCCAGGAGUUGCCCCUUCCCCUCUUGUUAGACGAAGCAACACUCUCUUGUCUUAUUGCCCCUUUUGUAUUAUUCUCCCCCCCUCUCUUUUUGUCGUGGGGUGGGGAGCAGGAAGGGGGGUGUUGGAGGUGUGUGCAUGUGUUUGAAUGGGUGGCAAAGCCCUGAUCCUCCAUGUGGGUGUGUUAACAACUUUGCUGAGUUUGGGAGGCAGAAAGUGACUUUUUGAGCGUGUGCGUUGGGUGGGUGUGUUUUCUUUCCCAGGCUCCCCCCCUCCCUUCCUAGUAAUUCACCCAUUCUGCCCCCGACCCCCUUCUUUUUCGUAGCAAGUCCAGUGGGGCUUCUUUUGUUGUUGUUGUGGUUGUUGGGGGCCGAGGGCGGGUGGGCUUGGAAGAAGCAGACUUUUCGGGGGCGCAUGUAAAAAUAGACGCUUUGUUUCUCCAGUGUGUGUGUGUUGUUUGCAGGGGGGGAGUUGAAAAGGAAGAAAGGCUGGACAGGUCUUUUCACCCCACUCCUCCUCCUCCUACUUCUUGGCUUUGCUUGGAUUUUUUUUAUUUUAUUUUUUUAUUGUUGCUCUCCGCUCCCUCUCUACGAGAAGUAGCUGUGAUACUCAAUUAGGUAAGUGAGAGUUCAUCUGUGAAACUUGUGCAUGAUGGUACACCAGUGGGAGAUUGGAUUGGGAAAGGUGGGGAGGGAGCACUGGAGAAGAAAGUAGGGAGUGGAUACAAUCCCAGGGGGGUGAAGUUUUAUGGCGGGGCGGGGGAGAACUUCAUGCAUUUUAGGAUGCAGUAUUUGGACAAGCGGAAAGUAUGGAAAUAGCAACGGUGUGAAGCCCUGGAAGUGAUGUUGCGUGCUAAUCUCAAGGCCUAAACGUUAUGUUGAUGAACUCAUUGUUUUCCUAGGAGAAAGCAGUGAUGGGGUGGAGGAUGGAUGUGUUUUAGAAAACAAAGUCCGGGGCCUCUUCCUUGGGGUAGGGGGUGUAAGAUGUGGGCAUGGCUAAGCGUUUUAGAGGUGUGCUGUGAAGCCUCAUGGAAAUGGGGGGGGAGGAAAGGGGGUGUGUAUGCAAACCAAGGCCACGAGCCUUGGAAAGAGAAACCUCUGUUUGGGGUUCGCCUUCGUUUGGAUCCUGCCUUGAUCUAAAUAAAGCGUGGGAGCUGUUGGAAGGACGAGAAACGAAGGCCUUGAAGUAAUUGGAUGGGGAAGGCGAGUCCGAAAGGUCCCAGCAAGCCAAAGCCAUCCCUGGAGGAUGGAGCAAAGCAGCAAGUGUGGGGUUGGGAAACUGGAGCUUGGGUGGGCAAAACGCAACGCGGGUAGGAGGAGGGAGGCGGCCUGGCGGGAGAUUAGAGGUAGGGCCUCCUCCUUUCGGUGGGGGAAGUAUAUUGGGGGGGUGCUGGAGAGCGGGUGGAGAAAUUAAGGAGCAUAAUCUGAAUUAUUGGGAGUGGAAGUUUCCAGAAAUAUAUUUGUGCCUCUCUCACUGUGCAGCACUAUUGAAACGUCCGUCUGGAUCACGUGGGGGCCCUGUAUAGAAAGCAAGGAUAGAGGAGGGAGGGGCUGCAGUGGCCCAGCUGCUCUUUACGGCUGUCGGGGAGGAAAGGCAACAAAAAUCUCUUUAAAGCUUCGCGUGCCCGGGGCUAGUGACCCUUGUUAGAUAUUUUGGGCGGCUUGGGGUUGUUGUUCUUUUAAGUGCAGAUCGUAAGCGUUAGCUGUGUGUCGGUAGUAGUAGCAGCGUGAAUGUUGCAUGUGCUGCAGUGUGUCUGCUGUUUGGCGAAGGGCGGCAGCCGAGGCCUUUCCAGUGGGUGGGUGUGUAACUGCCGUCUUCGGAUGUACCCCAUGUGCUGCAUCUGUUUACGUUACGGAUCUAUUACUGGUUUCAGCGUGCCUCCUCUAAUUCACGUUUUUCUGUAAUCGGAAGUUAAUGCCUUGUUUCGAGGAAACGUUAGCGAAGCAUUUAUAGGGGGAGGGGCAGACUGCAGUCCAAAGUUUCGUAUUCUGCAGCCUCCUGUAGGUUUCUGGUUGUGUGCAGAUUGGUUUAACUUUCCUGAAAAUGUACGGGCUUUCUGAUGUGGGCAGACUUAGAACUUUGGAGAGCUUACUUUCGGUAACGCUGGUCUGAUAGCUGUUUUGUAAUCAGUUAGUGGCAGUAAGUACCUCAAUGAAUACUGCUUUGAACGUCAACAGGAUUGAUAUAUUGUGAGCUCUGUAAUUGACCAUUUGUUUUCUCAAUGUGGUAGUUGUUUUUCUGAUAAAACUCAACAAAAGUGUGCAUUUAAAAAGUGGCAGUAAAGUUGCUAACGAACUUGGAGGAAUUGAGUGCAAAGGGAGGAACCAAUUUUCACAAUCUAGGUAAGGUUAAUGAUAUGGAACAAAUCGCAUAGGUAUACAGCAAAAGCUAGCCCUUUGAAAACCUUUCUUUAUUGACAGCAUGUGUUCCAAAUGGUAUUCCUUGGGCAGAUGGUUAGAUAGGGUUCACAUGUAAUAUAAUAGCUUAUUUGGAUAGAAAUUAUGUGACGUUUCUAGUAUUCUAUAUCUUAAACUUCUUUGCAUUCCAGUGACUUUCAGUCUAGAUUCAUUAAUGUAUUUAUUGAACUUCUCAUAUACGUGCACUUGAUGCAUUCUAGCCUUUCCCACCCAUUACUGUACUUUAAAAUGACCUAUCUGAUCUACAAGUGGCAAAGUGCUCUUGUCUUUCUGCUUUUGCAAGACUUAUAAGACCUAACAUGCAGUUUUGUGUGUUUUAGUUGGAGGUGGAAGAUGCAUGAAAACUGUUUCUGAGCUGUUGUGUGUAACUGUCUAGUCAGGAACAGUAGAUGCAGCAAUAAAGGGUGUGUGGCCAAGCAUAGAAGAGGUGUGGUACUUUGAUACUUGGAGCUAGGGAACUUAAGGAAAGUACUACCAAAUAUGGGGGGUAGCCUUAGUUUUUGUUCUAAAUAGUAAUAUUGUGAGAAAUUGAACACUUAAAUUGUUAUGUAGUAAGUAGCAAUAGCAUUGUGGAUGUAAACCAUAACUGCUGUGCUUAUAUCUAAUAAAUAUAGUGUGUUCUUCAGAAAACAAAUUUGUUUCUUUGCUUGUCACUAUUAUGGUUAUGAUGGUUAAUGCAGCCCAAACCAAUGCAAAUGUACCGUAAUCCCAAUGAGUUCAAUGCACUUUUUUUCUAAGUGUGUGAUGAGUAGCCUUAGUUUGCCAUUUAUUCCAGUUCACCAGGCUGUCUUCAGCAACAGUUGUUGUCCAUUAACUAUUUAGCUAUGAUUUUAUUCUGCUCAACUGGUUAAUGCUGAUCUUGUGCUGUAAGUCCCACUGUCAAAACUUGUAUAUGUAUUUCUGUAAGACUUUAAUCCUUUAGGACAUUUAGGCUGUCCUUAUUACAGUCAUGUGGGAGUAAACCUUGAUGCGGCUGACUUCUGAAUAGAUAUGUUUAGGGGUGCACUGUGUUUUUGGUAAAGUUUCCAGAGUGUGAUGUUAAGGUUUCUGAGUGGGACACCAUAUUAAUGUUACUGUAUAGCAGGAUUAGCACCACUUUUUCAGCUUUGAUCAAAUUUUAUGCAUGCCUGCUGUCUACUUCUCUGGACGGUAGGUUGAGAAGACUGUUAUGGGGUAAUAGCAAAUCCUGUUGCCUUUAACUGCUGUUCACUCAGUGAUAUGUUCUGGUAGACUUAGUUGUUCAACAUAAAUAAUUUCAUGUGUUAAUGAUCUUCUUGGGUCAGUAAGUUAGCAUUCCCCUCUGCCUCCCCCCCCCCCCCACUUUAAAAAUCUGUCAAUGCUUUAGCAUUUAUUGCUUCUUUUGACCAUUUCUCUUACACUUUACAUUAUUAAUUUAUUGUGGCUCAGGGAGAACCGGAAUCAGAUGCCACUCUUCCACAUUUUAAAAUACUUCAGCAUUUGGUGUAAUGAACACAUAUUGUGACUCAUUAACUCCUGGUUUAUGCACUAGCAUUAUUUUAUUUUGAAGUUAAGCAGGCAUAAGUUUAUUCAUGUGUAGUGUUACAAAAUUUAGUAUGACAAUUAUGGUUGGCUUACACUGAAGAAAAAGUUCAACAUUUGAAUAUGUUACCAGUAGUAAAAGAUGGGAGCUGAAGUGGUCUUAAAGGCAGUUGGGAAGAACUUUGAAUUUCUAUGAUAUUAAAAAUAAGUAAAUUCUGUAACUUGAUUUCUUUCUUUAAAUUUGCAGUAAUCUAUGCCAGCAAUUAUGACAAUGUUAGCAGACCAUGCAGCACGGCAGCUGCUGGAUUUCAACCAGAAAUUGGAUAUAAAUCUGUUGGAUAAUGUGGUGAACUGCCUGUAUCAUGGAGAAGGAGCCCAGGUACAGUAUAUGUUUGAGAACUAGAAACCUGCAGUUUAUUAUGUCUAAAGCAUAUCUGUAGAGGAAAAAAUAGCUGGUUCUCUUGAAGACUUCUCAUAUGCUAGUAAAACUUGACUAGCAGUCAAGCUGCAUCUGAAGAGAAUAAGCCAGCAGGAAUGCUACAGUUAACGUUGAAAAAUACCUUGGUGGCUUCUUGUCUUGUUUUUCAUGCCAGUAACAGAAAGAUGGAAUGUGACUGAAUUUACUAUUGUUUGUAUCUUUUAAUUUUUUAGAGAUAAGUGGUCUGGUCCAGUUUUAUGUCCCAUUUAUUCAUAGGACUUUUAAGUGGAAGGCAAAUUGCUGUCUCCUUUGCCUAUAGUAUGUCUGUGUCUCUGAAGUAGUUUAAAUGUUUAUUAUGUGAUCUCUUCCAAAUUCUGUGUAAUCUGCUUUUAUACUUCUAAAGUGCUUAGAAGCAUAUUUUGACAUCAAACUUAAAAAGAGCCACUGAAAUCAGACUGGGCAGACAGUCAAAGUCCUCUGAUAGGGCAGUGAGCAUCCCAUUCUGCUGCCUAGACAGAAACUUGUCAGACCUUCUGUAUAUACCCCAAUCUGCAGCCAUAAACACACUGGUCUCUGCUUGAGGUACCCUUAUUACCUUCAUGUUGUUCCUCAUCCCUCCAUAUCUCUGGACAGUGGCCUUCCCAGAUGUUGGACUUCAAUUCCCAUAAUUCCUAGUCAGCAUAGCCAAUGGUCCAGGAUGAUGGGAGUUGUAGUCCAACAAUAUCUGAAGGAUGGUCUAAUCCAGGCAUCCCCAAACUUGGCCCGUUAGCUGUUUUUGGGACAACAACUCCCAUUAUCCCUAACUAACAGAACCAGUGGUCAGGGAUGAUGGGAAUUGUAGUCCCAAAACAUCUGGAAGGCUGAGUUUGGGGGUACCUGGUCUAAUCCAUUGCUUUUUCUCCACUACUCAUGUUUGCAUCCUAAGUUGUUGGACUGAGCUGAAUAGUCCAGCUGGACUAGUUUUUAUGUAGUAUGGCACACUUGCAGGUCAGAAUGAUUUGGCCAGAUACAAAUUCACCUCCUGGACUUGUGGCAGAGUUGCAGCAUAUUUAGUGGCAUCAGUGAAGCAGAAUUGCAGAAGAACAUAAAAGGGGUUCUGUUUUAAAUUGGCAAGCACUUAAAGCUUGAAGGCUCCACAGUCUUUUGUUUGGGGAAGAUGUGCACUAUAGAAGCAUUUCUCUGAAUCAGUAUUUGCUUUCCUCUCUAGUUGAGGCAUUCACCAUGGUGAGUGGGAAGGUAUGAAUUAAACACUAGAACUUCAGACCCUGAGUAGUUCUACCAGGCAACUGAAAGGUAUACAAUAGAUUGGGAUUCAGAGCACCAGGAACCUUUUUCUCUUAAGAUGGUUCUUGGCAGCUGAUUCUGAAGUUGAUAUUCAAGUUGGUGGUUUGCAAUACCCCUUCACCCCACCCCAAAUACACACACACUCUCAAGUUCCAUGCCUUGCAUCUUUGACAGCAGCUUGCUGUAGGGUGUCUUGCAUAGUUGCAUCAUGCCUUGGAAAGUAGUGAUCAGAUUUCUAGAAUUGAGUGUCUGUGUUCCAGUCUAAUUUUAGGGUGUUUCUUACUUUCUAGUGGAUCUCUGAACAAAAGUGUAGUGAUUCGUAUACAGUUGGAAAAGUUUGUGGUCCCAAUUCAGUUCAUCCAGGGUACUAGUGGAAGCCAUCUCAAGGACUCCUAUUAGGAGAACUGGGUUUUCCCCAACCUCUUCUCUCCUGUCUGCCCCAUAUAUCUCCCAAAUCUGCUCUGGGGGUUAGGGAACCCCCCCCCCCAACAGUGUGGUUGGGAAGGAGAGCAGAUAUGGUUCCAACUGUCAAGAAGUACCACUGUUUGCCUUUUCUACCUGUCAUAGGUGUUAUAAAGUUUAUGUCUUGAAAUUCAGAUGACCUUAGUCCUACAUUAGUUUGGAGUAAAUUUUUGUGUGCUUGUUCUCUGUUAAAUAAAAAUGUACCAUCAAUGUUAGUUUUUAUUUGCUAUCAGUGGUUGAGAAACAACUAUGAAACGUUUUUUCUUUUUGUAUCUUAAAAGCUGUUUUGAAAUGAGUAGAAAUAAAGAUUAUACCUUGGACUUUCAAAAGCAUAUUUAGUAGUAUUGGCAGAUUCCUUACUGUAGAUCAAUAUUCUAUCCUAGCUAGAGAAUUUUCGAUAAAGACACACAAUUGCCUAAAAUUUCCCCACCAUGAAAAGUGCAUUUAAUUACUUAACCAGUAAUUCCCAAGCACUGUGCCAGGGUGUGCUAGUGUACUGUGAGAGCACAGUGAUUGUCCCACGUGAAAGAAAUGUAAUCAUUGAAGCCUCUUGUUCUCUCAAAGUACCAUCUGCAGAGCAGGCUGCCUACUGUGUGCCCUAUAAGAUACACUGCUCUGGCCUUGCCACCUCCUGGUCAAUCUCUGUUGGGGACAGGGCAUUUGCUUUAAAUAUCUGUCUCAGAUAUGACUGGAUUAUCUAGACAAUUCUGAUGCAAAAAAACCUGUAACAGUACCUGUGUUCAGGGAAGGCUGCUGGUGAUGUUUGCUUGAGUUGCUGCUUUGGGCAUAUCUCUUUUCAUUUAAGAAGCACAGCCUGGUUAAUGGCCUGCAGAGAAAUGUGGGUAGUGAAGUGAUUUCUGGUACUGCAAUGAAUUAUUAUUAUUAUUAUUUUAUUACCCCUCCCAUCUCACUGGGUUCCCUCAGCCACUCUGGGCGGCUUCCAACAAAAUAUAAAAAUACGAGAUAUUAAACAUAAACUUUCCUAUACAGGGGUGUCUUCAGAUGUCUUCUAAAAGUUGUGUACAGUCAUACCUCGGGUUGAAUAUGCUUCGUGUUGAGCGCGUUCGAGUUGCGCUCCGCGGCAACCCGGAAGUAACAGAGCGCGUUAAUUCUGGGUUUUGCUGCAUGCGCAGAUGCUCAAAAUGACAUCAUGCGCAGAAGCGCUGUCGCUAGUUACGUUUGCUUCGGGAUGCGAACGGGGCUCCGGAACGGAUCCCAUUCGCAUCCUGAGGUACCACUGUAGUUUUUUUAUCUCCUUGACAUCUGAUGGGGGGGUGUUCACAGGGUGGGUGCCACUGCUGAGAAGUGUGCAUCUAAUUUUUAAAGCCGAAAAAAGUUUGCCUCAGCUAUCCAAAAUUUGGGAAGUAAUGCUGUAAAACCAUGUGCGAUAAGCUGUUUUGAAAGCUGUUAACUCAUUGUGUCCGCUUUUCUAGCAAAGGAUGGCGCAGGAGGUCUUGACUCACUUAAAGGAGCACCCUGAUGCAUGGACAAGAGUUGAUACUAUUUUGGAAUUCUCUCAGAAUAUGAACACCAAAGUAAGUAUAGGAUAUCCAAUUGAUCUUGACCUUUCUUCCACUUAGGCUUUGAGGAAGGUAUCUCAAUUUUUAGAUUUAGCAUUUGUUUAACUUUUUUAUUGCUUCUUCAAUCCUUUAGUCUGAUCCAUGAGGUUGUCAGUUACUUUUUCUUAUAAAAGGCUUGAAAAAUUAUAAGUCACUUGGGAAUUGUAUAAAAACUCUUGUUGAAUUAUGAACAGAUUUGAGUGUUAUAAAAUCUUAUAGCCGUAUCAUGUCUUUAGAUAAUGUGUUUGGCUUUCAUUUCUGUUAAUGAGAGCCAUGUGCACUUAACUGAGGGCAAAAUACAUCCCUCAAUAUUUUUUUGAAAGACUGGUAUUGUCCUGCGCAGUUUAAAGCAGGCUAGGCACCCCAGACACUUCAGUUGAAUACAAUCUGUAGUUGCUUGCAGUACAGUUAAUCAAACCAUACCAUCAGGAUAGUCUGGCUAAAGUAGACAUUCUUCAGCCUACUGCAAUUAUGUUUUUGCUUCAGAAACUUUAAAGGUUUAAAUAUGAGUUGCCAAACAUGUGAAAGUGGUUGUCAUAUAGUUGGAGAAACUUGUGCAUGGCCACAUUCAUUGAACACACAAAAUUUGCCAUAACUUGUGUUGAGAUAGAAAACAGCCAUGCUGAUUAGUUCCUUCAGAAUUCGGAUGGCACUUAGGAAAGUCUUAACUUUUUUGGGAAGAAAAAGGCUUUGUAAAUUUUAGGGCAAAGUUAAGAACUUCCUCAAAGUACUAAAUUUAAGUAACCAUGUUUGCCUGUUUGCUUGCCUGGUAAACUUUGCUUUUUAUACUCACAGACAUUACUAAUGUUAAAGUUGAUUUUAUCAACAGUAUUUUUUAAAACUCAAAUUUGUCUUGUGAAAAAUGAGAUGAUUAGAGGAACAGAAAGAAAGCAACAGGUAAAGAAUUCUUCAAUUUACAUAAAUUGCAAAUGAUUUGGUGCUAAAUUUAUGCACUAUGACAUUUGGCUUUUAUGCAGUCAUUUUUUUUCUUAAAGCUGUUAACACUACCUGAUAUUAAUCAUAAUGUUCCAUUAUGUUGAUUGCUUGUAAUAGGAAGAAAAGGGGUGUCUUCCUGUGCAACUGACACAGCUAGGCUUUGACGGCAGGCCUCCACAAGGUCUACCCUUUUGAUUCCCUUUAACUGAAUUCUGUUCAUCAAUUGCUUUUUUUCCUUGUUUUGGUUUCUUGGGUGGUGGGGUGGGUAUGGGUUUUGUACAUAGAAUAAGUGUCCCAUUAAAAAUUUCUGCCACAGGGAUCAUUGUAUUAAAAUCUUUUCCUUAAUCUGUAAUUUCUGUCCCAUCUUUUGCCUACAUAAAUAAAAUUUUGAGGCUUAAAAUAUAACAAAAAUGGGAGGGGGAAAACUAUAUAAAACCUUGGAUUGUUUUGUACGCAUAUUUUUGUAGGUAGUCCUGAGAACUUCUUUUUGCAAGAUAUUUGCUACAGGAAUGUAACACCUAUUAAUUUUGGAGAGAGAAAAAUAGCUGUAAUAUAUGUUGGCUGCUGUCAUAACAAGAAGAGAAAACAAAUUGGUCAUAAUGCAACUUGAUUAUUUUCCCUCCCUACUAUACUAGGUCUGCAUUGCAUGUUAUAUGCACACAUGUGUUGGUGCAUGUGCAUGCAUGCUACUCAUGGAAGAGAGAUGUCUCAUGUUACAUGGAAGCAUAGAAAAAAAGAUGCAAGAGUCACUGCAUCUAUCACUGUUUACAUGUAGCCUGUAAAUUAGUUCUUAGUGUGUUUGUGUGGUUACCAGUAGUUUGCUAGGGGAGGAAUUAAGUGUAUGAGCGUUGCAUGAAUAAGGUUCUAGGUCAGUCUCUGGUAUCUCCAGCUAACAGGAUCCUGGAAAGACCCUUUGCUUGGGUCCUGUGAGAGCCAUUGCCAGCCACUAGACCAUACUGGGUUGGGCUGCUUUAGGUUUGAUUUGGUAAAAUACAUUGUAUAUUCAUUGUGAUUAUUCUUAAAUCUCAUUGCUUUGUUAGUAAAGUGGGAAUAGAAUCAGAAGAUGCUUCAACGUGAAGAUGAGACAGGGAAAAUUACAGUUGAAACUGUUGGUGAAUGUGUUGACAGACUAGCCAAAAUUUCACAUGCUCAUAAUCUUAUGUCAUCUCAUCUCUUCUACCAAAUAGCCUUCUGAACCAGGCAGAAUGGAGGAAUGUAUACCUGCCAUUCAUCGUCUCUAGGGCUUGCCGCAGGGUGGGAAUGUGGUAGUUCUGAACUAUAGUAACACCCUUUCUGGCCUUCCAUUUGACAUACCUACUUGUGGCAUUUAGAAACUCAUUUGUUGGCAGGUUUAGGGAUUUCAGGAUCAUUUGCUUCACUGAUGGGCAUCCUCUAUGUGUUAAAGAUAGAUACUUUGAGCAAGUUUAGUCCCAGAGAGAAUUGGGAUGCGCAUUAGGCAAGGGGGAUAUUUGCACAGAUUGUGUAUCACUGAGCAACUUUAAAGGGAGUUAUUACAGGUGAAAUCUUGCCCAUAGGGAGUCACCCCAUUGCGCAGAUGUGGUGCAUACACUGCAGUGACUGCUGAUGAACAGCUUGGGAACCUAUUCAGAGCUGCUUCAUGAAUGCCAUCACUGUUCAGUAGAAAUGUUUGUUCACUUGAGAUUUAGGCCACAAUACAAAGAAGUUAUGUGCAUCGGUGGGGGGGGGGGGAGAAGAGAACCUCAAGCAUUGCCAAAGCUUUGCUUGCUGCUUCUCUGGCACCAGUUCCUACUGCUGAGGAGGCAACCUGCAAUUCAGUUUUACAAACUUAGCUCUUUACUUCAGCAAUGCGACCUGCUGAAGAAACAACAAGCAAAUAUUCAGCUGCAGAUGUUCUUUCCCACCUUUUGCAUAUAACUUCCUUGAAUUGCAUCUUCAGAUUGAAAUGUUUCACCGGCUUCUACAAUGGAAGAUCAUUAACUAGGCUAGAAAUAUCACAGAUGCAUAACUAAAUUUACUCCUUUUAUGAAGAUGUGGAGUUCUAAAAUAUAUGAACUACUAAUACCUUAGAAGAGAGUGGGAAGUUAAAAUGUAAACAACCAUCAACCAACUGGAGAGUACAAUGUAGUUUGGGACAGUCUACAUUGUGCUAUUUAUUUAAAAUGAGGCUUACAUGAUCCCUUUGGCUGAAAUUCUAAUUACCCUACUUUGUAUAGACACUAACAGACUUGAAGAACUUUUAUUCUCAGCCAAAUCUUCACCAGCCAUCAACGUUAAAACAUAGAUUUGCCUUUCAGGUAUUGCCUCCUGUCUCCUCAGUGUUGGUUUCUGAUUAAAGGGAAAGCUGCAUCUCUUUGACCCCUUUUCCUCCUCUUCUCUGUGUUGUUGCUUUUAAUGAUGACCUUAGUCUGAUACAACUUUUCAUAGAGGUCUACUGGACAUAUUUACGUUGAGAUAAAUGGAAUAAAAUGGGUUGAAGAGCUUUUCUCAUUUCCUAUAAAUGUAUGCAUUUGAACCAUGCCUUUGGGAGGCUUAUCUGAGUGGUAAAACGACUUUAGAAGUGUAUCUAGAAAUGGUGAACUUUUGACUGAGCACAAAAGUUAAACAGUAGAUAUAGCUGCUAUAGGGGAGAGACUACUGUAUCUUUUUUUUAAAAAAAACCAACAACAACCUAUGAGCUGUCUUGCUGUUCCUUAAGUACACACCAGUGAAGUGCAGAAAAUACAUCCUUCAGAAAGUGUUAGUAGAUGUAAUGUUAAGCCCUGGUCUUAACAGCUCAAGUGCCAGGAAGCCCAUGCUCAUCCAAGUUGCUAAACUUGGUUGUGUGCUUGAACUUGUGAGCAGUCAUUUAGGCUAUUCAUUUUUAUGUGGCUGCCAUUUUUCCCCUUACAGAUAAGUCAUUUGGCUUUGCAAAACAUUUUUUUUGUUUCCCUUUCUAAUGUAACCAUGAUCAAAAGCAGCAGGACUUUAGAAUAUAAGAGGGUAAAAUAAGGAAAAUGCAUGGGAAAAGCUCAAUAAAUGGGUGAAUAGACUUGUUUUUAACAGACUUAAUCUUAGAUGUUAAGUGUGAAUGAUGUCAGCUUGAAUGAGAAUCCUGAAAGCUAUUGUUAAAUCAUCCAGCAUACUCACAUGCUUCACUUCUCCAAUUUUCAGUAUUAUGGCCUGCAGAUCUUGGAAAACGUGAUAAAAACAAGAUGGAAGAUUCUUCCAAGAACCCAGUGUGAAGGUAGAUAUGAGUGACUUCUUUGUACAGUUUAGACUCACUGAUGCUCGUAUGGUAUGUUUUUGGAUAUUGCACUGGGGUAGUGCCUAAUAGAUCAGGUAUUGGACCUUGUGUCAGUGUAUGAUAAUGAAGUCAUGCAGAUUUUUAAAAAUACUGUGGGAUGAAUGGAGACGCAAAUUUUAACAUGUCCUGAUUUCCAAACGUGGCCACUGAUUAAACUUCAAAUGACUGUCCUGAUGCAAUAUAACUACCCUCUUCUCACUCCCCCCCCCCAUUUUUUAGCUGCUUAUUUCAUUGGCAAUCAAGCUCCUAAUCCACACUUAAAACAGCUGUGUUUGGCCAGUGAAUUAUAAUGCAUAGCUGCUUGAUUUCUCCCCAAUCCUGGCACUGCUGUUUUGAGCAAACAGCAUUGUUUUCACCAAAGCAAAGUACGUUUAGACAGCUGUUUCAUACUGGCAAGGGAAUUUCCAAUGCUUGACAAAUGUACUGAUGUAUAAAAACCUUGAUAAAAAGGAGUUACAUGUUUUGACAACACAGAGAUCCAAGCUAAGGGCCACUUCUGAGCCAUGCAUAGCUGCUUCCAGAUGGAACACAUUUUGUUGGGCCAGUAAUUCCUCCUUCAGAUACAAGGAAGAAUGGAACUAUUGGAGAAUUAAAUUGCCUUGUGAAGGAUGGGGAGGGUGCACUCUUGUAAGAGUGCUGAUGGAGUUUGUAUUUGCUGGAAUGAUUCUAGAGUGUCUGUAUUUGCAGCUUGUAGGAAUGAGAGGUGGCGCUAAAUGGAACUGAUUGCAGUUCCAUUCCAAGAACUGCUUGUCUAGUGCUAAGCAUAGUUAGCAAUCUUGCACACUGUCAACUUUUGGCACUUGGUCUGGUUGCUUUAAUUGAAGCUGGGACUGGCAGAAGUGGCAACAUCAAAGUAUGUGAUACUGACUCUGGAAAGCUGGUAUACGAGCUGUCAGGGUGAGCAUCGAUUUAUGUGAUGUCAUGAUUCAUAAUAGCUGAGCUUCAGCUGUACAUUAAGCAAACCAGAGUAGAGUCAAUGUGUAGAAUAGGGCUUAAAAAGGUGGUUGCUGCAAAUUGGCAUGCAUUACUUGAAAUUUUGGUGUGGCUUUUUAACCUGGUUUUAAAACCAGUAAAUGACAAGUAUGUUUAAAUUUCUUUCAGUAUUGGAUGAAUAUUACAUCACAUUCUCUCUUUAGUUUCUUCUUGAGCUGAGAUAGGAUUUAAAUGGACUGUGUAAUCUUAAGUAGUCCCCUCGCAGCAGCUGCUUUGGCUGAUGGAUGAAGCCUGGUUGGUUAAACCAUCUUCCAGCCUGUUACGGAAGACUCCCCUAUGCUCUGGAGCUGAUAUUUGGGGGGAUGUUGACACUGCAGAAGGAAGGGGUACUUUGCAGAUAUUUGCCUUGCAGCUUCUUCCAUUAGCAAACACAUUCACUUGAUCCCCAGCCCUUUCUUUAGUGCUAACGUACCAACUGGAUUAUGCCCACAGCUUUUGCAUACAGAAAGCACUAUACAUAAUAGAAAAGUCUCAAUGAAAGAGAUCACUAAUACUCCAAAUUCAUGAGUAAGAAUUGUGUCUUAAAAAAUUACUUGCCAAAGCCUACCUAGCAAGUCCAUUUUUAGGCUAGUUUCUGAAUCCAGUACCAAGAAUUUUACUAUUUACUAUACCACUCAUUCAACUGAUGAAUUGGUACUGAUAGAUGUGGUGCUGUUUUAUUACAUCUGUUCUUUUGAUUAAUGUAUGGUAUUUGUGUUUUUCUGAUUUUAUGUUAUGCUUUAAAGAAAAUUGUAAUUUGCAUUGGGGAAGGGUGUACAGACAACUCCCCAUUUAUGCGGGGGUUACAUUCUGAUGCACCACACGUUUCUGCAGGACGUGUGUAAGCCCCCAUCCCCUUGUGGUGGUGAAAGCAGAGCAUGUGUCAGCGCUUGCACACAUGCCGAUUGUAUGCAAAUGGAGAGGUACUUCUAAGAGUUCAGUGUACUGUCAUUAAGAGUUUUAGGGUCUAAAUUCCCAUUUGACCAUGAAGCUGACUGGGUGACCUUGGGCCAGCCCCCAACACAGUCUAACCUGCUUCACAGGAUUGUUGUGAAAAUACUGUGGAGAGGGGGAGAACCUCUAUACCUCCCAAAGUUGUUUGGGGCAGGAGAUGGGAUAUAAAUGUAAAAAUAAAUAAGGCUGGAUUGUGAAAGAUCAGGAAUUGAUGAACAUGAGAGUUGAGUCUUAGGCCUGCAAGCAAACGAUGGGACCUAGAAACCAAGCACAUGCUUAGUCUUACUAUGCACUCUUGACUUCUAGACAGGUGUUUCCAACUCGGUUAUUAUUACUGUUAUUUAUUAAACUUAUAUGCCACCCUUCAUCCGAAGAUCACUGGGUGGUUUACAACAUUAAAAUACAAAAUGGAAGAACAAAAUAUGUAACUUAAGAACAAAAAAAAGCUUCUUUAAAAAUAAAGCAAAAUUGUGAACUCAACCAACCAGAGACUCAUACCUCCUUCCCAAAGUCUGAUGCCUCACUUACCUUCCCUGCUUUGAGAAUGUGCCCCCUGGCUGAACAACCAGUGCUUGCACAGUCCUAAAUUUGCCACUGUACCUUGGCACUGUCCAAGAAUACAGAGUGUCAUAAAAUCUGCUAAAAAGCUUUUGUGGAUAGAGUCUACUGGAUAUCAUGAAGUAGGCUAUAUAGACCAGGGGUCGGCAAACUACAGUCUCUGGGCCUGAUCAGGCCCGGCUGGGUCCUAGAUUCUGCCUGCCUGGCCAUUUAAGAACCCGCCAUGAAGCCAAGACUGCCAGCGAUGGCGAUGGGAGGAAGAGGCCGAGUUGCUCUGGCAUCAAACGCCGUGCCUGGUUUACUUCAGCGGAAACUCCAUCUGGGCAGUCAAGCUGGCUUCCGAUGACAAUGGCACAGCUGCCACCAUGCAGCCCUGCGCCAUGACGGGCAGCUCCAACAAGAAGAAAAGGUGUAGGUCUGGGUGGCACCACUCACUGCUUCCACACGCCCCACCACUCCUUGUUUCGGGUAGAGGGCCCGGCCACCUUUGCUUGCUUACUUACCCCGAUAUCAUUGAUAUUAUUAGUAUUGUAUUAUGUCCCCGGAAGUUGAGCGUGCGGAAUUAGAUGGUGGAAGGGAAAAAAUCCUCUUCUCUCUCUUUCUCUCUGCUUUCCCACCAGCCUUUCACCUCUUAUUCUCCCUCCAAGUCAGGCCAUUGGGAAAAUAGUAGUAGUAAUAAUAAUAAUCUUCCUCCCAUCGCUGCCGCUGCCCUGGUGCUCCUGUGGACCAGAGAGCGGAGCAGACAAGCUCACUCCGCUUACCCGCUUGACAAGAAGUGGUGGCAGUGACAGCUCUUUCUCUUGGCGAGGAGGAAGCCCGUUUCAUGCCACCACCGCCAGCCCUUCGGCAAAUGAGGCAGGCAGCAAACCGAGAAAGCUGCUGGGGUGGGUGGGGAGGAAGACUACUCGCCCCCCUCACCCCUUCUUCCAGCUCCCCCCCACCGAUGCCACUUCUCCAGAGCCGCCAUCCCUCCUUCGCCUCAGCCGUUCUCAUACUGAACUUGCCAACAUUUUCUCCGUGGGGCGAUUGUGGGUCUCUGUGUGUGUGGUUUGGGGGGUGGCGGGAGGAUGAGCAGCGUGGUGGUGGGUGAGCUUGUCUGUUGAGGAGCCUUCCCCACCCCACUUAAUGCACACUAUUUUAUUUUAUUUAUUUUAUUUUAUUUUAUUAUGCCUGUCCUUCCCCCACCGCAUUAUUCCUAGUCUGCAUAGGAAUUCGUUUAUUCCCCCCCCCAAAAAAAAUAGUCUGGCCCCUGAUAUAGACCAUCUGAGCUUAUAUAUGUCUUGUAGGUGCCCCAAUACUCUUGCCCCUUGUUGUUUUUGCAAUGACCACCAGUUCAGAAAUUAUUAAAAUCUGCUAGAAUCACUUCCUAGACUAUCUCCUUAUGUAUGUACCCUCCAUAUUUCUGUCAUGCUAUCUAGGAAAGUUCUUUCUGAAAAAGCACUCACUGUUCCAGGUUUACUAUAAUCUGCUGUUAACACUUGCAUUACCUCAACACUGUUGGUGUAAAAGUAGAUUCCCCCCAUGACCACCCCUUUAGAUCAAAUGCAAUCAUAUAUGGGCUAGGCAGAUCUUAAGCAAAAAUAUUUUAAUGUGCUGGAUGCCUUCAUCCAGUUGCUGCCCUGGUCUGCUUUGAGUGAAAGGACAGGAUAUAAAUGUAAUAAUAAUAAAUAAAUAAAAUUUUAGUAAUUAUAUGAGCAUUAAAUUCCUGAUAAGACCUGGAUUUUUCCCCCAUUACUGCCCAUCUCUUCCCAGAAGUGCCAUAAUGUCAGAAAGUGCUACUUCAAGAUUUUACUACAAUUGGUCAGAUCAUUGGUCAGAAUCAUCAGAUAUGUAUGUAUUGGAGGCUCUACAUUUGUACUACACCACUGCCAAAUUUGGUACAGGUCGCUCACAUUUUAUGCAGGGGUUAUGUUCUGGAGAUGGCACAUAUGCAUAAAAACAUGUAUACUCAAGCCACCCCUUAUAAGCACCCACUUGCAAGUAUUUUGACAUUCCAGAACUGGCACACUAAACAGUACACACACACACAGCAGAGAGCUUUUAAGCUCUCAGACUUGCUUGCCAGGCCCUGAGAGUGUCACAAAAUCUUGCAGGGCUGUCCGAGAUCUUGCAAGAAGCCUCCCAAAGCCUGGUGAGCAAGUUUUAAGAGCUUAAAAUCUCCUUCCGUGCUGGGAAACCCUGCGCAAAAGAGCUUUUAAGCUCUCCGCCUCCCAUACAUUUAAUUUGUGUGAUUUCAACCAACCAGCCGUCAGUUGUGGAAAGAUGAAGUUGCACAAGUUAAAUGUGCAUAAGUUGCAAGUUACCGUAUGCUAGGCACAUAAUCUAUCAUUCUGAGGUUGCUUCAUUUCACUUAAAAGUGUGCCCUGAAGACACCAGGGAGGCAUGAUGACAAAAGGGAAGAGAUGGAUAUGACAGCAAUCUGAUGUUGUUAAAUUGAUAAAGAUUAAUAGCAUAUUCAGUGGUGGUGAUUGUUCACAGAAGGCUCUUUUGAUCCAGCAGAGGUUUCCAUGAGGGCAAUGUCCACCAAGUCACCCUCUGCCACCCUCCACACUGUUCCUGAGGGUCUCUCAGCUCUGGAGCAGAUAAGAGGGGCUACAGUGCAAAGGGAGAACUGAUGUAAAUUGUCUUCCCUUUACCCUUAUAUUGACUGAAGCCUCCACUGGAUCAAAGAACCAGGACAGAAUUGGCUACAACAAAGAAAUGGGGGUAGGGUAGUGGCUGAACAUAGUUUCAGGCAGGCAAGGCAGACCAGUGGAGUAUGCUGUGCAAGAGAAGCUGCAGUACAUUUCUUUUUCUGAAUUACAAUUGGAGACAAGCUCCGUUCUUGCACUCAGAAGUUUACUUGGACAAUCUUCAGGAUUGCGCAUGCCACCCCUUAAGGACAGGGUUUUCAAAAUUUUUGUCUGCAUCUGGAGUGAUUCAAUCAUUCAGUCACAUUCAUAUAUGAUCUAGAGAUGCAGACAGAAUUACCCACCCCCAGUGGAGGAUGAUUGGAGACAUGGCUAGAACGUGAAUCAUUUGGACACAGCAGGGAACCAUCUAUGUGGGUGCUUAGGUUUCACAGGAGCCUUUUAAUUAACAGCAAUGUGCAGGUUGGGUGUUAACAUCUCCAUAGUUGGACACUCGGUGGACACUCAGGUUGCGAACGUGAUCUGUGCGGGAGGCACGUUCACAACCCGCAGCGCUGCGCACACGCGGGUUGCAAUUUGGCACAUGCACAAAGCGCAGUUUAGCAGUUCUGCACAUGCGCGAGCACCGAAACCCGGAAGUAACCCAUUCCAGUACUUCCAGGUUUCGGCGCAUCUGUAACCUAAAAACGCGCAACCUGAAGUGUCUGUAACCCGAGGUAUGACUGUAAUUCAGAUUUGUAGUACACAGCACACAAACCCUUGUUUUAUGAUAACUGUUUAUGAAUGCACAACAUUUAUUUUAAAUCCAGUGCCAUAAGCACAUUGGUCGUCCUUAGCGCAAUACAUUCUAGUGGCCUUUUGUUACAUAGCUUGCAAAGGAGCUUGUACCCCUGCAUUGCUCAAGCAGCAACAUACCUAAUUGCGAGGGAGCAACUAUGCUUCUUAUGAUAACUAUUCUAAUGGCAGCUGAAGUCCAGCUUUCAUACCUGAAAUCUCUAGUUCCUUAUUACUGCAGCCUCCCUAUAAACAUGAAUGGUAGUUUGACAAGUGUGCAGUCAUGUGGCAGAAUCUAAAAAAUGGCACAGGAUCCUGCAAACAUGCUUUUAUUCUUUAAAUAGCUAGUUUCUGGUUCUCAUGGUUAUGGAUAUAUGCUUAAAUGCAGACAUGCUGUGGCUGUUAACAGUUGCCAUUGCAUAUGGUGCAAGCAGUGUUAGAAAUUCAGAUAUAUCAGCUAUUUGCCAAAAUGCGCCUUAAACCUAGGUUAUGAUCACCAUAGCAGAAUGUCUAGUUGCUUUUUAAAAAAUAUGAUUUCAUUCUACUUGUGAGUUGAGCGGGAUGUCGUUUUCACUUGCGCAGCAGCGACAGCAUAGAAUCAUAGAGUUGGAAAAGACCACAAGGGCCAUCGAGUCCAACCCCCUGCCAAGCAGGAAACACCAUCAGAGCACUCCUGACAUAUGGUUGUCAAGCCUCUGCUUAAAGACCUCCAAAGAAGGAGACUCCACCACACUCCUUGGCAGCAAAUUCCACUGUCGAACAGCUCUUACUGUCAGGAAGUUCUUCCUAAUGUUUAGGUGGAGUCUUCUUUCUUGUAGUUUGGAUCCAUUGCUCCGUGUCCGCUUCUGUGGAGCAGCAGAAAACAACCUUUCUCCCUCCUCUAUGUGACAUCCUUUUAUAUAUUGGAACAUGGCUAUCAUAUCACCCCUUAACCUCCUCUUCUCCAGGCUAAACAUGCCCAGCUCCCUCAGCCGUUCCUCAUAAGGCAUCGUUUCCAGGCCUUUGACCAUUUUGGUUGCCCUCCUCUGGACACGUUCCAGUUUGUCAGUGUCCUCCUUGAACUGUGGUGCCCAGAACUGGACACAGUACUCCAGGUGAGGUCUGACCAGAGCAGAAUACAGUGGCACUAAAUUUUACUUGAGUCACACAGGGUGCUGUUUUGAUUCACAGUGGCAGUUUUACUCUCGAGUCUCAGCCGCCCUUAGUGAUGUUAAAUUCUCGAGAAUAAUCUUUUGCAGAAUAUUCUUGAUUAAUGAGAAUAUUCGAGAAUUUUCUUAUAAAAUAGAAUAUUCAUUUUAAUGCAUUGAAAAUUAUAUAAUUAGUUAAUAUACAUGUUUCUUCAUGGGUAAACUUGUUCAGAUGGCAACCAAAAACUGUACAGAUACUUUUGUACCAUGGGGCAAUGCAGCGAAUUCGCAUUCUUUGAUUUUUUUGCACCAAACUUGAAAUUGAAAAUUCAGUGUGAAUGACUCAGGUUAAUCACUAAGCCUGCAUUUACCAUCAACGUUUAAUAAGCAUAUCUACAUGGUACAGUAUUUUCAGUGCAACACUAAUAAAAUCAAUAUAAAGUUUAAAAUAAAUGUUAUAAUUUCCAGAAAAAUAAUCAGCAAUGACAAGUUACGUAACAUCAGAAAUGCAAAUUACUAUCUGCUUAGAUAAGUAAGGCAACACACAACAUAUUUAAAUUAUAACUGAUAGAUUGUCACAAAAAAGAAAUGUAUGUGAAAAAUAGGCUUUGAGUAACAAGUCUCAAAUGUUUAUAAAUUUAUAUUGAUUCUUCAAACAUCUUAAGAGGAUAAGUCACCAUCUUCGUCUCCUGGUAGCAGAGCUUUCAGUUCCACACUGAUCAUCUGCGAGAUCAUUGAACGAAGUUGAUGGUUGUAUAAAAUUCAAUGAGCUUGUUAGAAGCUGUGCUUUCUUCUCUUCUAGGAGUUUUAAGUUAUGAGCUACGUAUGUCUCUGUCUUUUGCUGAAUGAAUAAGUUCAUAAGUAUUGAAGCUACGUUCUGUUGCAGCUGUCGUUGGUGGCAUAUUUAAAAUGUCCCCAGCCACUCUUCUAAGCUUUGAACCAAAGCAUGUUCCCUUCCACCAAUCCACUGCAUCCACUUUUUCAACCGACUUCAGUACAUAUGACUUGCUUAAAAAACUUCCUUAGCACGAUAUGCUGCCAGCUCUGCCAAAAUAUCUUGUGCAUCAUUUGGUGGACUUGCUGAUAUUUUGAGAUCACUGAACUCGGUAUCUUGAAUUUGUUCGUCUCUUGAUAAAUGAACGCCAUUAUACUUGGAAUCAAGGAUAUUUGCAGCAAAGUGAAUUAUGCUGUUACACAUAAUUCUAUAUGCCUAGGUACUUUAAGUGUAUAAAGCAUUAAAGCUACUUUCUGUAAAAAAAAAUAAAAAAAAUCGCACUGUAUGGCCAAGGGUAUAGAAUUAGUAAGAAUAAGGUCACACCAAAAUAGAAAAAGGCUAUUACCGUAUUUUUCGCACCAUAGGGCGCACCGGACCAUAGGGCGCACCCAGUUUUUAGGGGGGGAAAUCAAGGGAAAAAAUACUUUUCCCCCCCAGCCCCAAAGAGCAGCGUACAGGCUGCGCACAACCUCUCCCUGCAGAGUGGUUGCGCGCAGCUAUGGAAGAAGCCAAGGCAGCGGGCGGGAUGGAUCCCGCUCGCUGUUUUGGCUUCCUCUUUAGCCCCGCACAACCUCUCCUUGCCAGGAGACGCUGCGCAGGGCUAAAGAAGCCAUAGCCCCGUGCAGCCUCUCCUUGCGGAGGGGUUGCGCGCAGCUAUGGAAGAAGGCAAGGCAGCGAGCGGAUUGGAUCCCGCUCGCUGUUUUGGCUUCCUCUUUAGCCCCGCACAGCCUCUCCUUGCCAGGAGAGACUGCGUGGGGCUAAAGAAGCCAUAGCCCCGUGCAGCCUCUCCUUGCGGAGGGGUUGCACGCAGCUAUGGAAGAAGGCAAGGCAGCGAGCGGGAUGGAUCCCGCUCGCUGUUUUGGCUUCCCCUUUAGCCCCGUGCAGCCUCUCCUUGCCGGAGGGGUUGCGCGCAGCUAUGGAAGAAGGCAAGGCAGUGAGUGGGAUGGAUCCCGCUCGCUGUUUUGGCUUCCCCUUUAGCCCCGUGCAGCCUCUCCUUGCCGGAGGGGUUGCGUGCAGCUAUGGAAGCAGGCAAGGCAGCGAGCGGGAUCCAUCCCGCUCACUGUUUUGGCUUCCCCUUUAGCCCCGUGCAGCCUCUCCUUGCCGGGAGAUGCUGCGCAGGGCUAAAGAAGCCAUAGCCCCGUGCAGCCUCUCCCUGCCGGAGGGGUUGCGUGCGGCUAUGGCACAAGCCUGCAUUCGCUCUAUAGGACGCACACACAUUUCCCCUCAAUUUUUGGAGAGGAAAAACUGCGUCCAAUAGAGCGAAAAAUACGGUACAUAUAGUUGAAAUACAUAUGAAUUCAAAUGUUCAUCAAAUUAAAUGAAUAGCUUUUUAAAGACAAAAAAGUUUUCUGUAGCUCACAUUUCAGAACUGCCAAUGGUGAAUGACAUAAUGCCCAGCAAUGGAACAGGAUAAAAAAACAUCAUUAGUUACACUGGCAAUAUCACAGCUUGUCUUACUAUUUACUAGAUUUUUUAAAUGUGGGUUGUAAAACUGGUUAUUACAUCAGAAUUAACAGUUUGUGGAGAAUAUUCUCACCUCACAUCACUAGUCGCCCUAUUACGCAACCAUUGGUUGCAAUUAAGCCAUGCCAAGUUGCAAAAUGCACCUGGUGCCUGAGGGUAUUUCAUACACUGGGUGCAUGGUGUCAAUGCAAGUCUCUUACCGCUUACUUGCUUCUGCACUGGAAUGCUUGCCCCCCUGCCCACCAAUCAAAACCAAUUGUGGGUCUUUGUCCACUCCAUGUCUUCCUCUUCCCAACAGCAAAAGGAGACACUAGAUGAAUUAUUGGUUUGAUACCGUGGAGUUUAUAGUGAAGUAAGAUUAGUUCAAGUGUGGUAUUUGUUUUAUUUUGCUUGUAGUCCUUUACCUAAUACCAAGAUAGAUAGUUAAUUUUAAAUCGGGCAACAACAGUAUGUAUUAUCUUUGAUUUUAAAUCAAAAUAAACUAUCCUCAUCAAAUAACCUUUUCAGGUCAGAUUCGAAAAACUACAUAACAGAGAAAUUCAAAAGGAAAGUGGGGGCUGUGAAACAUGUUCCCAUUACAGAGGGCAUGAUAAAAGAACUAACUGCAUUGCACUAGUCUUCACAGUGAAUAUGGGUAGCAUCCAAGGUCCCCCAGCCCUCUGAAGCAUAUUUUGAGGGUGCAUAAAGGCCUGGAGAGAAUUGUAGGGGGUGAAUUUUGUUGCACAAGCAGACAUUUAUUGCAUGAGUGAAAUGGCAGCACUGGAUACAAGUGAGUGCAAAAGAGAAGAGCAAAAUAUUUGGAUUGUAUGCUGGAAGAAAGAAGCCAUGACAGCUGUCACUCUGAAAAUAAAUACUAUUAGUUAUUUUAAGUGUGAAUUUCUGCAAAUUGAGGAAGGUUUUGCUCCAUAGUGACAGUCUUUUGAGUAAGCCCCACCCUGUGAGGAAAGGAUGGGCUUAUUUAGACUUGCUUGUAAUGCAAAGAAUCAGAAGCAGUAGUUGGUAGUUGGAACAACAAAGGACUGGAGAAAGCUUUGUAUACAGCUUUGCCCUUUCUAACAACUCUUGGCUUUUUUUCUUCAUUCUUUGCAAAUUUUAAAUAACUUGUGUAAGAUUCAGCGAAAAGAAGCACAUAGUAAAGUUAUGGCAGAAGGUGAUCCCCCACUCCUGCCUCUUCUGAAGGUCAGGGGAACCUGCUGAAAGGGAGAUCCUCAAGGCUGUCUUGACUGCAUGAAAUGUCAAGUGUUGUGUGUAUUGAUCUGUUGCUGUUCAUGGUAUAGUAUGUUGCAUUGCUGCCCGUUCGGAAGGCUCCAUGGAGCCAUCCUUGGGUACAGUUUUUAAAAUAAAUCCAAAAGCCUUGCUAAACUGCAAUCCCAGAAUUCUUUAUGGGAAACCAUGAUGGUUAAAUUGGUGUUAAACUAAUAAAUUGAAUAGUUUCCCCACCUCCCACCACCCCUUUCUCCCACUCCCUGAAUGCAAGGUAUAUCAGAAGACGUCAACCUGUAUAUCGGGGGAGGGGGUGGCUUCUCCUCAGGUUUCCAUGUAUUACAGGCAGCCAAUAGCUAUGUUCUUUCAUCAUAAUAUAUGAAAUGAAAUCUGACCAGACAGUAUGAAAAUUGUCUGUUGCAAAAAAAUUCUUUCUUGCUCUCAGUUCAUGGGUUAAUUUUCUCUCUUGGGGCAGGAUGACAUGCUUGAGAUACCCAUUCCAAAAUUAAGUUGACAGAUAAAGAAUUUACUAGUCUAAAGUAUUUUCUUUCACUGGAACUGAAAUUGAUUUUAUGAGAGCAGUUUGACCGUAGUUUACCCAAUGAACUUUACAUCUGUUUAUAAGCCAACAACAAGCCACAGUUCAAGUUGCAGCUUGUUCGCCAUUAACUAUAGUUAAGCCCAAGGGCAGGGUUCAUACAUAAAGCUAAGUGGUGGUUUAAUAACCACUGUUUAAUAAACCAUGGCUUAGGAUUGCAUGAGAGAAGCAGGGCAGUAUUCCUAGUGCAGGGGUCGGCAAGGCUUCCCGGGCAUGGGCCGGAUCACUCCCAUGGAGAUCCUCCAUGGGCCAGAUUGGCACAGCACGAUGCCAGAAAUCGCGUCUGCGCAUGUCUGCAGUGCCGGAAAUCGCAUCUGCACAUGCCCAGAUGCGAUUUCCGGCAUCUGGGUAUGCGCAGACGCGAUUUCCGGAGCCGCAGAAGAGAGUCCCCAUGCAGAGCCCCCUACACCAGUUUAGCGCAGCACGCAGGGACUUGCUGAGAGGGCGGCUCGGUUCGGGGGUGGCUCAUGGGCUGGUUAAGCGACCCUCGUGGGCUGCUUCCGGCCCAUGGGCCUUAGGUUGCUGACUUCUGUCCUGGUGUAUAAUAUUGGCACCUUCUCCCCACCCCAAUCCCUUUCCCUAAUGGUCCCUAGCACAGAAUUCACCUUUUUCACAGCUGCUGCACACUGGGUCAACAUUUCAUUGUGCCAUCCGCCAUGACCUCAAGAGCAUUCUUCGUUAGUCGCUGUGAGUUUGGGCCCCUUCAGUAUGUGUGCAUUUAGGAUAUUUGCGCCAAUGUGUAUCUCUUUACACUGAACUGCAUUUGUCUCUCUCUCAAUUUGGAUAUGGCUCUUUAGAGUCCUAUUGGGUUUCAUCAUCAUCAUAAAAAAAUUGAAGCAAUCCACAAUCUUGGCUACUUCACUUAACCCUUAAGUCCACAAAAUUUAGGAACUUAAGUAAAGGCAUCAUUCCUAAUGCAGAUGUUUGAGGGGCUUCAUUGUUUAGUUAUUCCUAUUCCUGUUCUUUAAUCAAUUAUCAGUCCAUAGGAUAAUCUGUUCUCUUAUCCCAUUACUGCUUAAUGCAGGCAUAGGCAAACUCGGCCCUCCAGGUGUUUUGGGACUACAACUCCCAUCAUCCCUGACCCCUAGUCCUGUUAGCUAGGGAUGAUGAGAGUUGUAGUCCCAAAACAUCUGGAGGGCCAAGUUUGCCUGUUCCUGGCUUAAUGUAUUCAGGCAGCUUUACUCAGGGACACUGUAUACUUGGGGCUUUUAAUAAUUCCUUGAUACAUCCUGUUUUAUCAUUGAUUUGUUGUUUGAUAGUUUACAAACUUUUAAAAAAUAUUUUGUAGGUAUCAAAAAAUACGUUGUUGGCUUAAUUAUCAAGACUUCAUCCGAUCCAUCAUGUGUUGAAGUAAGUGAGAUUUCUCUAGGGAACUGGAAAGUGGGCUCCUUUCUGAUGAAGUGAAACCAGGCCCUAAUUCUUUUUUCUUUGUUUCCUCUAGAAAGAGAAAGUAUACAUAGGGAAGUUAAACAUGAUUCUUGUUCAGGUAAGUUUUGUCUCUGACCUAAAAAUACUAGUUAUGAAGGUUUUAUCAGAAGAAAACUAAUCUUAUACCACAUGGGGUUCUCAUGCUUUGCAGAUACUAAAACAAGAAUGGCCAAAGCAUUGGCCAACAUUCAUCAGUGACAUAGUUGGGGCCAGCAGGACAAGUGAGAGCCUUUGUCAGAACAACAUGGUGAUCUUGAAACUGCUUAGUGAAGAGGUGUUUGACUUUUCCAGUGGACAAAUAACUCAAGUAAAAGCCAAACACUUAAAGGACAGGCAAGUAGUGUUUCUCCCCCCCAUAUACUGUACCUUAGUGGGCUGUUGCCCAUCUGUUUUAUCCACCAGCUUUCCUUGCAGGUAUUUGGAGGCAAUAUAUUGCAACUGCCUCUUUCCCUAAACUCUAAACAGAGCUUAUAUGUCUCUAAGUUUGUGAUGUAGAAAUAAAACAAUUUUGCAACUUGUGCUCUUAAAAGAUAGACUUCAGAAGCAAUACAGUAAGCCCACAACUUACAUGGGGGUUACGUUCCAGGGAUCGUGCCUAAAGCCAAAAUUGUAUAUAGUCCAAAAAUGCAUUGGGUUCAAUGGUGGGUGGGUUUGCCAAAGUCUGUUUUCCCCUGGAUAUUUAACUAUUUGCUAAGCGUGCAAGCUGAAUAUGCACAAGUUAAAUGCACGUAAGUUGCAGGCUUACUGCACAUAUCUGCAGGUUCUUGCCUUUGCUUGAAUUGGUACUUUGUAAUCUGCUGGUGUUUGCUUGGGCUAUCCUGCAAAACCUCUAAAAGUAGUAACAAAAGUCUUUGCAGUAGUAUGACGUAUUAAACAUGGUAGAGGCAUUUUAUAUUGCAACUUUUAAUGUUGCUUUUUAUUGCUUUUUAAUCUAAUGUUUUAUUAUGUUUUUUUAUUUGUUAGAAACCGCCCAGAGUGGCUGGGGCAACCCAUUCAGAUUGGCAGAGUACAAAUAAUAAAAUUGUUGUUGUUAGUUGCUGAUUUUCUCUCUCUAUUUAUUCUAGUAUGUGCAAUGAGUUCUCACAGAUAUUUCAGCUGUGUCAAUUUGUGAUGGUAAGCUUUAUUGCAAUAUAAUCUUUGUAAAAUGGUCACAUUAUUAUAAAGACAGAUUUGCUUAUAUGUAGCUUUGUUAACAGGAAAACUCUCAAAAUGCUCCCCUUGUUCAUGCGACUUUGGAAACUUUGCUUCGAUUCCUCAACUGGAUUCCACUGGGCUAUAUUUUUGAGACCAAGCUGAUCAGCACGCUAAUAUACAAAGUGAGUAUUUCCUCUAAACUAAAUAACCACAUAGUGGUACUGUGAUCUAAACCACAGACCCUAGGACUUGCCGAUCAGAAGGUCGCGGUUCGAAUCCCCACAACGGGGUGAGCUCCCGUUGUUCGGUCCCAGCUCCUGCCCACCUAGCAGUUUGAAAGCACGUCAAAGUGCAAGUAGAUAAAUAGGUACCACUCUGGCAGGAAGGUAAACGGCGUUUCUGUGCGCUGCUCUGGUUCAGUAGAAGCAGCUUAGUCAUGCUGGCCACAUGACAAGCUGUCUGCAGACAAACAUUGGUUCCCUUGGCCUACAGAGCAAGAUGAGCGAGCAACUCCAGAGUCGUCCACGACUGGACCCUAAUGGUCAAGGGUACCUUUACCUUUUACUUAAAUAACCACUAAGUAGGAAAAUGGGGUGCUGGUUGUAGCUAGUAAGUGAGUACCUAACUUCUAUGCAUAUUUUUUCUUUUACAGUUUUUAAAUGUCCCUAUGUUCCGAAAUGUCUCCUUGAAGUGCCUCACAGAGAUUGCUGGUGUCAGUGUAAGUCAGUAUGAGGAACAGUUUGUCACACUCUUUACCUUGACGAUGAUGCAGCUGAAACAGGUAAUUUCUCCUCCUCCUCCUCCCAAACUUAUAUUAGAGUGGGUGGCAGUUCUUACUCUGAAGCAGUUGGUUCCUCUCAAAUCCUUCAACUGGAUACCAAGAUUUCCAGUGCAGGCAACAACUUGUUCAUUGGAAGUAAAUCUUGUGGAAUCCCAGUAUUUUUUCCCCUGUAUGCAACAUUCAAGGAGUUAAUGAAUCUUAUCGGUGGAUCGUAUGCCAAGUUGUUCAGAAACGUCCACAUGGGGUGAAAUCCCAUUGAUCUCAGUGGAGCUAUUUAUAGCAGCAAUCCAAAGUGAAGCGGGCCAAAGUGUGUGUAGUUGAUGACACCAUUGGCAUUUACAUGACUGCCAGAUUAUAAUUUUGAGUUCUAUUGUUCUUAGAUGCUUCCUUUGAACACCAAUAUUCGACUUGCAUACUCCAAUGGAAAAGACGAUGAGCAGAAUUUCAUCCAGAAUCUCAGUUUGUUUCUCUGUACCUUUCUGAAAGAGCAUGGUCAACUUAUAGAAAAACGUUUAAAUCUAAGGGAGACAUUAAUGGAAGUAAGUUUUCCCAGUUUGCUUGCUUCUUACUUGUGUGUGUUGUUGUUUUGGUGUCCUCCGUAUCUCAUCGUCUUUACUGAAAAGUAAGUUGGGUCAAGAACUGAGUAAAGCAUGAGGGCAGACUUAACUUGGAUUAGUAGACAGGGUAAUUUUGUGUCUCAAAUGUAAGCUCCUUUGUCAGCUGCACAGUUGGCCUGGUCCCAGUAUUUGUGUUCGGGCUGUGCAGUUCUCAAAGGGAGUUCUCCAGCAUUUCUAGUCUGGUAAUCGUUUACCUUGUGAAAUACAGUGGUGCCUCGCAAGACGAAAUUAAUCCGUUCCGCGAGAGUCUUCGUCUAGCGGUUUUUUCGUCUUGCGAAGCAACCCUAUUAGCGGCUUAACGGAUUAGCGCUAUUAGCGGUUUAGCGGCUAUUAAAGGCUUAAAGGCUUAGCGGAUUAGCUGCUAAAAGGCUAUUAAAGGCUUAGCAGAUUAGAUAAAGGGGGGGGGAAGCGAAAAAAAAAUCUCAAGACUUGCAAGACAUUUUCGUCUUGCGAAGCAAGCCCAUAGGGAAAUUCGUCCUGCGAAGCAACUCAAAAACGGAAAACCCUUUCGUCUAGCGGGUUUUCCGUCUUGCGAGGCAUUCGUCUUGCGGGGCACCACUGUAGUAAGAGCUCUUCUCCUGCUGUCAGUACUUAGUGCUGACACAAUGCCAGUUGCCCUUUUGUAUUCAUUCUAAGGAUGUGACCUUGUGUUUUUUUGGGCUGAGAACUUAGUCAAAAGCAUUUUUGAGAUGCUCCACCAAAAACCGAUCAGAUCUUAAAGUUGCCAGUUUUUAUAUAUGCUUAGCCCUUUCAUAUGUCAAUUAAGUAAUCACCAUAAAUUCGCUUUAGGCCCUUCAUUACAUGCUGCUGGUAUCUGAAGUUGAAGAAACUGAAAUCUUUAAGAUUUGUCUGGAGUACUGGAAUCACCUGGCUGCUGAACUAUAUAGAGAGAGCCCAUUUUCAACAUCUGCUUCGCCAUUACUUUCGGGGACCCAGCAUUUUGAUGUUCCUCCCCGGAGACAACUUUAUCUUCCUGUUCUGUCUAAGGUAAUAGGAAUCUUCCAACUUGCUUAUAAUCUGUCAUAGUUGGGCUUAAUCAUUCUUCUGAAUGUCUGGUGGCUUGAUUUAUUCAGAAGCAGUUCCAAAAUCAUUUCAUAGGAAUUUACUGCUUCAGCUCGUAAAGUUUGGGCUUAUUUCUCUGAAUAAUAAUAAUAAUAAUAAUAAUAAUAAUUUAUUAUUUAUACCCCGCCCAUCCAGCUGGGUUUCCCCUAGUAUUGUGAAAAAUAUUAGGUGGGUUUUCAUGGUUCAUGGCACUUAAAAUAAAAGGUAGGAAGCCUGCUUGCUGCAGUCAGAUGACAUUAAUUGGAAUGUGUGCCUGCCUCAUGGUGAGUGCACCUGCUGCUUGUUAAAAAAAUAAGUGUAAAGAUAUUUAGCAAUAUUCUUGUACAAAAAAACUUAUUUGUGUGUGUUUCUCUGUCUCUCCCCCCCCACCAAAUACAGGUGCGGUUGUUGAUGGUUAGCCGCAUGGCAAAACCAGAGGAAGUGCUUGUUGUAGAAAAUGACCAGGGGGAAGUUGUCCGAGAAUUCAUGAAAGACACAGAUUCUAUCAAUUUGUACAAAAACAUGAGAGAAACACUAGGUAAGUUAAAUAAUAGUUGCCUGCAACUCCCAUGAUCAUCCCAGGGCCAUAAAUGUGUCUUGUGGUUCUUUGUAAACGAUUUAAUGCAGAUUUGUUCUACAUGCUUCUGUCAACUAUGAUUUUAAUUUCAGGUACUGCCUGAAGUCCUUAUUAGAUAAAGUCUUUAUGAUACUAGCUCUGUCUUGGUGGUCAUCCUGUGCUUGGAAAAUUAGGUCACAAAUGCCUACAGAAGCCUAGGAGACUAACUAGGGCCUAUAUUGCUUUUACAAAAAUCUAGCUAAUGCAUGCUUAAUAUGCCUUACCUGGCAGAGAGCCCCAUAACCUUAGGGGAACUGCAGGGCACCCUUUAGUUGCCCUUACUACGUAUAAUAACAUGGCUGUACAGUGGUACCUCGGGUUACAGACGCUUCAGGUUACAGACUCCGUUAACCCAGAAAUAGUACCUCGGGUUAAGAACUUUGCUUCAGGAUGAGAACAAAAAUUGCGCUGCGGCAGCAGAAGGCCUCAUUAGCUAAAGUGGUACCUCAGGUUAAGAAUGGACCCCCGAAACAAAUUAAGUUCUUAACCAGAGGUACCACUGUAUAGUGAAAUAUAAUUAUGUGAACACUUACUUUAAACCUAUACCCACUUACAGUAUUGAAUAAUGUAUAGUACUGUGAUGUUUGGAUGAACUGUGUGUGAUUAAUUAAAUAUACAAGCAGUACAGCACUUUUAUCUUUAAAUAUUAACUAUAUUUCUGAAGCGUAGAUGUUACUCUGAAACCCUGAAAAUAUGUAAUGCUCAUUUUCAUAUAUGACCAAUUUUUCUUUUUCUAGUUUACCUUACCCAUUUGGAUUACGCAGAUACUGAGCGAAUAAUGACAGAGAAACUUCACAAUCAAGUAAACGGUACCGAAUGGUCAUGGAAAAAUCUAAACACUCUAUGUUGGGCCAUAGGCUCAAUCAGUGGGGCAAUGCAUGAAGAAGAUGAGAAGAGGUUUCUUGUAACAGUAAUAAAGGUAUUUAUUAAGUUUCUACAUUGCUCUUCAUCUGAGGAUCACAGGGCAGUUUACAAUAUGAAAACACAAAAAUAUGUAAUAUAGGAACAAACAAAAACACAACCCAGCCACCCCAUCCCCACACAGUUUAAAAGGUCAUCAAUUAAUUAGCCAAAGGCCUGGGAGAAAGAGAAUGUUUUUGCCUGGCAACUGUAUGUAACAAAUGUGCCAUGUGAGCCUCACCGGGGAAAGUAUUCCACAAAUGGGUAGCUACUGCAAAAAAGACCCAUUCUCAUAUUACCACCCUCUGGACCUCUUGUGGAGGAGGCACACAGAGAAGGGCUUGAAAUGAUUAUCUCGGUGUCCGGGUUGGUUCAUAUGUGGCAUAUGUGGAGAGGUGGUCCUUGAGAUACUGCAGUCCUGAGCCAUUUCGGGCUUUGUAGGUCAAAACCGGCGGUUUGAAUUGGGACUGGAAACUGAUUGGCAGCCUGUGCAUUUGGGCCAGGAUUGGUGUCAUGUGCUCAAAUAUGGCCGCUGAAUUCUGCAGCAGUUGGAAGUUUCUAAACCAUCUUCAGAGUCAGCAUCAUGUAUAGCAUAUAGCUGGAUAGAGAAAUGUUAGUAGCUCUUGGGGGGAAGCAAAGCAGAUUUUCCAGAAAGAGGUGCAACAUAGUCUGUUUUAAAAAGCAGUAUCUGAACAAAAGUUCUAGGGAAUGCUAAUCUUACCAGUGGCCAGAGUUAACUCCAGGGAAGGCGGGAUUUCAUAAAGGUAACACGCAGCUUCUGUUGCUGAUGCAGCCUCAAUUAUUGUCUUGGAGUCAACACACUUAAAUGUAGACAUGCUAGUGGCAGUUCAAAUAAAAUAACUGAAGUUAUUUUAAGACUUGCACAACACCUUUUGAUGGAAGAUCCUCAAGGCAACUUGCAAUAGAUUGUAAUAAUGCAAAAGAGCCCCAGCAAAACACACACACAUCCCAGUAGCCCUUACUGGGGGCCAGAGUGUGCUUCCCUUCUAUUUGAGAAAAGGAGAAGCCUCUAUGGUAAUGCAGGCAUUUAUUGAAAAGAAAAAUGAGGACUUUGUAGAGGUUCUGUAAAAUAUUCUGGAUGCUGCAAACUGUGAAUAGAAAAACUGCUUUCAAAUUUAACUUCUAACAGUGCAACUCCAUAAUUCUUCUUUCUUUCUUUCAUUCUUUGUUUCUUUCUUUCCUUUUGUAGGACCUUCUGGGACUUUGCGAGCAAAAGCGAGGGAAGGAUAAUAAAGCUAUUAUUGCAUCCAAUAUAAUGUAUAUAGUAGGGCAAUAUCCAAGGUUUCUGAGAGCCCACUGGAAAUUUCUGAAGACUGUUGUUAACAAGCUGUUUGAAUUUAUGCAUGGUAAUUUAUCUGGAAUUCUCACUUUGUUUUCACAGUAACAAAUAUUUCUUGCAAUCUAAAUUUUGAAAUAGUUAACUGCUUUUGAUCCUAGACUACCUUAACAUUAUAGGACUUUGAGAAGCAGGAAUGUGUUCAUUUGACUCAAGACUCUGAGUAGCAUCUCUGUUCCAAUUUCAUUUCCUUAAGCCCCAGUAGAAGACACCAAAAUAUUACUUAAAUUUAGGAAAGAGAAAUAGGCCAACUUUUGCAAGAUUUCUGUGGAAAGAUGAAACCUGAGAAACAGCAGCACGUUGUAUACAGUAAUUUUUUUGUAUCCACAACUUUUCUCUUGCUCUGCUAUAGAAACCCACGAUGGUGUCCAAGACAUGGCUUGCGAUACUUUUAUAAAAAUAGCGCAGAAAUGCCGCAGACACUUUGUUCAAGUCCAGGUGGGAGAGGUCAUGCCAUUCAUUGAUGAGAUCCUGAACAACAUUAAUACAAUCAUUUGUGACCUUCAACCACAACAGGUAUGCCACUCAACUUUAUAAAAACAGGAAUAUGCAGCCUUGGGCCUGAGGGUGGACACAUCUGUUGCUCUGUCAAUUUUGCCUCUGCCCACUGAUAAUGUAGCCCCUAUAAGGAAGUUCAGCCUUUGAGCUGAUAGUUUUUCUACCCCUGACGUAAAAUGAAAGAUGUAUGGAGAAAGCUUGGAAUGAAUUCUAUGUCGGUGUUUUGGAUAUGAAGAAGCUCUUGCACCCACAGAAGAGCACUUUUGGACUUAAAACAGUGGUUUUGGAGCUUUGGGACACAUGUCCAUGGUACAAAGCAGUGGCAAGCUGCAACUGGCUGAUUUGCUGUUAGGUUCUCCUCUGCCCAAAAUAGUCCUUUAGCAUUCACAUCUAGCUAGCUAUAUAAAUGCCAAAUUUUCUGCAUAGUAAUGUAGAUGGUCUUUGUUCCAUAGUGGGAAAUCUGACUCCUUGGUGCACUGUUGGCCUAAGUUCAUGUGUGCUCUAAAUUUAUUUGUCAAUCUUUUAAGUUGUGUUUUUAGGUUGUCCUAAAAAGGCCCUACUUAUUUUUGAGCAAUAAUUCACAUGUUUUAGAAGAAUAUGCAGCUUCACCGUUGAACAGAUAAUUUAAAUAAAUGCACCUGUUUUAAAUACCAGUCUAAAAUGCAUGUAUAGGCUUACCGUAUUUUAGCAUAUUCAGCUAUAUGUUUUGGUACAUUUGAUACCUCAACUAGGUGCAUACUUUCUACGAAGCAGUUGGAUACAUGAUUGGAGCACAGACUGACCAGACAGUACAAGAGCAUUUGAUAGAGAAAUACAUGUUACUCCCUAAUCAAGUAUGGGACAGCAUAAUUCAACAGGCCACAAAAGUAAGUAUAUUCUCUAUUGGGUUUCCUUUAUUUUGAACCUACAGAGACACUUGCAUAUGUGAGCGUGUCAUGCGAGCCACAACAAAAUGGCUGCCAUGAAGGCUUGACCAGCCACAAAAUGGCUGCCAUGGCAGUGGUCACCCAAAUCAGUGAUGCUUCAAAAAAUUUACUCCCAAUUUUCAAAGGUUUUAUUGCCCCGAGUUGUGUAAAGUUACACAAACUACUUCAUUCCAUGUAUGGGUCUAAAACACAUUAAUUUUACUUUCAGUUUUACCGUUCGGCCUCAUGUAACUUGCAGUUUCUGCUUCGCCAUAGCAAAAUUGUAGCAACCUUCAUAGAGCAUAGUGGACAAAAGGAGUAUAUAUAUUUUUUUCCAGUUCACAGAAGGCUGAUGAAGCAUGUCAUUACUAGCUUUAUGCACAUCGUUUGGAACCAUCCUUUGGUGGGCAGUGCUGAAAUGAGAUUGACCUGCCUUCCAAGACUCUGUGGUGGAAUUCUAUGGAGAUGUGGUGCGAAAUACGAAAACAUUUGCUAUGUGUGUGAGAGAGGCAUCGGCUAAUUUCGCUAAAGGCAGCCUUCUUAAGCACAGCCCCGCCCCAAACUUACAGGCUGCUACCAUCCUCCUAGUAAGCAAAAUGCAGGCUAGUAAAGAAAAACUUGAGCAGGUUACAAAUGCAGCUGAUAGAAGAACCACCCUGGGAUCUACUGGUAUAGGGUGGUAUCCAAAUGUAAUUAAUGAAUUAAUAGAAAAAGCAUGGCUUCAUCAGCCUGCCAUUUCUGCGCUAGGAAUGGAGGAAGGAAUUCUCUCUCUCUCUCUCUCUCUCUCUCUCUCUCCCCCCCCCCACCCCAAACCAGCAGACUAUUUUUAUGCUGGCCAGGGAGGAGGAAGAGAAUUAAUUUAUUACUAUUACUGUUAUUACAUUUUGUUUUAACGUAGUGUUCCAGGUGACAUGCAACACAGAUAAAAAUGAUAGAAUAAAAUACCGAAUCAAGUAGCAGGAAAUAUAUAUACAUGGUUUACUUCUGUUCCACAGAACGUUGAUAUCCUAAAGGACUCUGAAACUGUUAAGCAAUUGGGGAGCAUUCUGAAAACAAAUGUGCGGGCGUGUAAAGCUGUUGGGCAUCCCUUUGUGAUUCAGCUGGGCAGAAUCUACUUGGAUAUGCUGAAUGUGUACAAGUGCCUCAGUGAAAACAUUUCUGCAGCUAUUCAGGCAAACGGUGAGUAUUACUGGCUUUAACAUAAGUAUUUGGAGUAUGCAGAGGCUUCGCGGGCUACCCCAGAAGCCAGAACUUCUAGCUUCUGCCUUAGCGGCACGAAGCCUCCGCAGGGCAGCAGGCAGCCUUCAUCCCGCUGCCCUGCGGAGGCUUUGCGCGGCUAUCCCUGGCUUUUGCGGGAGGUGGGGGAAGGGACAGAGCGUGCGGCGCUGUCCCUUCCCCCACUUCCCAGAAAAGCCCCCAAGAGCCGCACUCCCUUUAAAGAGCACACGGCUCUAGCGGGAGGUGAGGGGAAAGGCAGGAGGUUUGCUUUCGCUGAAGCCAGGAGGGCAAGGGGGAUCGGUGCGCACCGAUCCCGCUUGCUCUCCUGGCUUCAGGGAUAGCCCCGGAAAGCCUCCUGAGCGAAGAGAGAGGAGCGCUCCCUCUUCGCUCAGGAGGCUUUGCGUUGCUUUCUUAUUUCUUGUUUUCCUCCCCUAAAAACGAGGUGCGUCUUAUGGUCCGGUGUGUCUAAUAGAGCGAAAAAUACGAUAGCUUGGGUAAAAGACACGGAUGAAGUGAUGGAAUGGUUUGUGUUGUUUGAAAAGCAAAGGGUGGUUAGAACAAGAUUAAAUUUAAUGAAUGGAUGGGAUAGGGGAACCCUUGCCUGGUGUGGUCACAGAACUUACUACAACACAUCAAAUUGCCUAUAUAAGAAUCAACAUGGUUUCACACGAGGAAGCAUUGCAAUACAAAAGCAAGUGUUACAGGCAGGACGUUUUUUUGAAAGUGAUGCUCCUUUUUCAGCUUCCUGGCUUUGAUUGUUAAGAUGGGGUCAUACAAACUUCCACGAAGGGUUGGUGCAUAUGCAACUUUACCAGUUCCUUAACCAUUGCUAAGACAAACUUUUAACUUGCUGCUAGUCUUUCUUUCUUUCUUUCUUUCUUUCUUUCUUUCUUUCUUUCUUUCUUGUUUCUGUGUUUGAAAAUAGAUUAACCAUGGUUAAAGUCAGUGUUGAGGAAAGCCUUCACAGGAUGGAGUGGGGAGGGAGGUGGAAUUUGUACCAAGGAUGGUAUAUGCUGUCCGGUAGCCCCUAUAAUAAAAGGGUCAGAACUUUUACCCUGAGGUAGAAUUGUAGAGUUGGAAGGAACCCUGAGGGUCAUCUAGUCCAACCCCCCCACCCCCCGGCAAUGCAAGAAUCUCAACUAACUAAUACACAGUCCAGCCUCUGCUUAAGUUAAGACGUCAAUUUAAAGUUCAAAUUGAUUUUUACAAGGUUUUGACAGCUGCUUUCUUUGCCCUGGAUUUUAUCUGCCAUAUUUCCGUUGUUUGUUUGUUUGUUUGUUUGUUUGUUUGUUUGUUUGUUUGUUUUAAAUGGGUAGCUACCUUGGACAUUCUGUGGAAAGGGAGGGUAAAAAUAUUUUUGAAUUGUUUUACAAAGUAUGUAUUCCUGGGUUGUAACUGACCUCAAACUCUUCCAGGAGAAAUGGUUACGAAGCAACCUCUGAUCAGAAGUAUGAGAACAGUAAAAAGGGAAACUUUAAAACUAAUUUCUGGCUGGGUGAGCAGAUCCAAUGAUCCUCAGAUGGUAAGUGGACUUCUCAAGUGUCAGCAACCUCAAUGAAUGGCAAAUGCACACUCAAACGUAUAGUAGACCUUGUGUUACAGUGCAACUGUUUCUCUCUCUUUAGGUAGCUGAAAACUUUGUUCCGCCUUUGCUGGAUGCAGUUCUUAUUGAUUACCAGAGGAAUGUUCCAGCUGCCAGAGAGCCUGAAGUGCUUAGUACAAUGGCUAUCAUAGUAAACAAGCUGGGAGGACACAUUACUGCUGAAAUACCUCAGAUAUUUGAUGCUGUCUUUGAAUGCACGUUAAAUAUGAUCAAUAAGGUAAUUCACAAAGUCCUGCAACAAACAGGAAUGCUUCGAGUUUUUUCACUGCUGUGAACCACAUUCAGUUGUCUCUGUUUGAAAUUGUAUUGUUCCUUGUAAAUGUAUGUGUGAAGCAUUUAUAGGCUGCUGCUCAUGAAGAGGCUUGCCAUGUAGUGGCUGUUAGAGCUAUUCUUCUUGGAGGUGGAAAUAAAAUCUAAGAAGGAACCUUAUAAAAAACUUACUGGUUGCCUUUCCGUAAAAAGCAAAGGCAAAAUACUUAAGCCUGACAUAUAUGUAGGGAUACCUAUCUCUGAAAAUCUUGCCUGAAUAAGCAUACCAGAACUUCAAACAGAGCAAGAAAUGUUCUGAAAGUUCUCCAUUCAUUUCAUCGCUUAUUCAAUUCUCGCUGUAUUCAGUCAUUCACUGGAAGCAACUUUAAGGAAACAAUCGUUUUAACCAUUGUUAAAAAGUGUAGAUUAAACUAGGCUGGAGCAUAGUUUAAAGUUUUGGUCUGCCUCAGGUACACACUAGUCCUGAAAACUUGUAAAUCAAACCAUGAUUUGAAUUGUUUUGAAACUUCUUUCAAAAUUAGGUUUGGGCUCUUGAACAAGUGUGGCGGCUGUUGUGCAGCUGCUGCCCUAGAUUACUUUACUUUGGGGUGCUUUUUUAAGUAAUGUGAAGUUCUAAAAAUUUGUUUUGGUCAGACUAUAUUGUGUAACUUGCAUUAUUUUUUUCUGUUUUCUCCUUCCUAUGCCAUUAGGACUUUGAAGAAUAUCCUGAACACAGAACAAACUUUUUCUUGCUACUACAAGCAGUAAACUCCCAUUGCUUCCCAGCAUUCCUGGCCAUCCCACCUGCACAGUUCAAACUAGUACUGGAUUCUAUCAUUUGGGCUUUCAAGCACACAAUGAGAAACGUUGCAGAUACAGGUGACUUAUCCUAAUUUUCUGAACUCUUAUGCUUGAGUAAGUCAGCUAAUUGUGCUGAACUAUCCUCCUCUGCCUAGAACAUGUGGGCAUGUAGAUUCUUACCCAGGCACCCCCAAACUCGGCCCUCCAGAUAUUUUUUGGGACUACAAUUCUCAUCAUCCCUUACCACUGGUCCUGUUGGCUAGGGAUGAUGGGAGUUGUAGUCCCAAAACAUAUGGAGGGCCAAGUUUGGGGGUGUCUGUUCUUACCUAUUUCUGAAAAGAGGCUGUUCUAUAUACCCACCUAACAGAUUUGAAACUUGAUUUUAAGCUUCCCUCAAUAAUUUACGGGAAUUCUAUUGAGAACAGGUUUGGUGGAGUGGACACUCCAAGUGUGUCCAUUCAUUUUAAACGUGGUAGUCAUGAGUGGUUAUUUAAUUUAAAAAGUGGAAUUCCCAGACUAAUAACUUACUUGCUUCUGUGUAGCUCAUAUACUUGAUGUACUUCACUUGGUUUCUAGAAUGCAUAACUUCUACAGGCACUAAAAUUUUGAAUAGCUUCAUGUACUUUCUUCUAGGCCUUCAGAUCCUUUAUACACUUUUACAAAAUGUUGCACAAGAAGAAGCUGCUGCCCAGAGUUUUUACCAGACUUAUUUCUGUGACAUUCUUCAGCACAUUUUCUCUGUUGUAACAGACACGUCUCACACUGCUGGUAAGUAAUUGUGGAGUGGGAUGGAAGACCUGUACGGCUUGAGCUACGGUGAGUUCAGUUGCUGUAUACAUUCUAAUCUAAAUAUUACUCUCCUUUGUGUGCUUUCACCAGGUUUGACAAUGCAUGCAUCAAUUCUUGCAUACAUGUUCAACUUAGUAGAAGAAGGAAAAAUAAGUACUCCUCUAAACCCUGGAAAUCCAGUGAGCAACCAAAUGUUUAUUCAGGAGUACGUUGCUAAUCUCCUUAAAUCUGCAUUUCCUCAUCUUCAAGAGUAAGUGUGUUUAGAAUUAAAAGGUUAAAUAGAACUUGAGUGCAAAUACUAGUGGUCUUAAUUGCUCUUCUCUGUGUGUCUCUUUUUUUUAUUACUUCAGUGCACAGGUUAAACUGUUUGUAACAGGACUCUUCAGUUUAAAUCAGGAUAUUCCUGCUUUCAAGGAACACCUUAGGGACUUCCUGGUACAGAUAAAGGUAUGUCUGGAAUUCCCUCUCUUAUUCUGAAUACAUAUGGGACUUCAAGUAGACUAAACCAUGAGGCUUUUUUUUUGUUGAGACCUAUGUAUUGCUAGUUUCUGUCAUGCUCCAUUGAUUGGUAUGCCAAGUCAGUUGCUAGAUGAUUUUACAAAACAAAAGCUCUCUUACUUGCUAAUAUUGAUGCUGUGAAUUUUGUCAUAUUGUUAAAGGUAGCCAACUUCUAAAGUCCUAGGGUAACUUUAGUUUCUAAUUCCAACCAUUAGGGAGACUAAUGCCCAUACUUAAGGGAACAGGAGACUUGAGGAUGAUUGAGUUGGAGGACCAAAAAUAUAAGGGCAGAACUAUCAGGUUAUGAAAAGGGGAUAUGCACUAAUUGUGGCAUUUGCUUUCUAACAUGUGAAGUCACUGUUCUGUUUCAAACAUGCAGAUGCCAAUAAGGGUACUCUUGAGUGUGGUUUUUAUUUCAUUGCAUAAAAUUAUCUCAUCCAUCCAAGUUCUGGAACUUUACAUCGUAACUGCCUUUCUAGCUUUUGAUGAUCUCUGCCGGUUGUUUGGAUUAUAAUGGAUUUUCUCAUCUGCUUUAUUCCCACAGGAAUUUGCAGGUGAAGACACGUCUGACUUAUUCCUGGAAGAAAGAGAGACAGCUCUUCGACAGGCUCAGGAGGAGAAACACAAACUUCAGAUGUCUGUCCCUGGCAUCCUUAAUCCACAUGAAAUUCCUGAGGAAAUGUGUGAUUAAAAAAUAACCAGUUGCACUGUUUUCUUUCUGUACAGCUGCUUUGUUGUAAAAGAAAACAGGACUUGGAUAUUUGUUGACCAAAAUGAUGCCAAUUUGUAAAUUUAAGAUGUCACCUAGUGGCCCUUUUUUCUUAUGUGUUUUUGUAUAAGAAAUUUUCUGUGAAAUAUCCUUCCAUUGUUUAAGCUUUUUUGUUUUGGUCAUCUUUAUUUAGAUUUGCAUGAAGUUGGAAAUUAAGGCAUUUUAAAAAUAAAAAAAAACACUUCAUGCCCAUUUUGUGGCUAAGGGUAAAAGAGGCAAAACAUAUAACUUGUAAAGUCUAUUGCAAAAUUAUACAUUUUCCAGUUAGAACACAGAUUUUUUUUUUCCAAUUAGGGAACACUUUCUUACUAGCCUGUCCUGCAGUCUAGAAGAAAAGGGUAAAUGAGUAUAGUCCAUCAGAUUAAUUGUUAGGUAUAGGAUGGUGAGUGCUGCAUCAGACAUGAGCAGCUUUUGGGCUGAGUGGCAAGGCUAGGCUUACUGGUAUUUGCAAGUUGUAUGGCAAGUUUGCAGCAAGAUCAUGUGCAUAUCAUCCCAUUGUAAAGCAACUUGGAGAAAAAAGAGUAUGGGAACACAGUACAGUUAGUUAUUUUUACACAGUUCUUUUGUUUUUGUGUGUGUGCUGUCGCUUUGUCGACAACAGCUUUUUGUUUUCCUCAAUGAGGAGUGUUGCUCAUUUGUGAGCCUUCAUUAACUCGAAGUGAAAUGGUUAAAAUAUUUAUCCUGUUAGACUAGGCUGCAUCUUUUUAACAAGCUCAUUAAAGAAGAAUUCUGGCUUUUGAGAUGACUUCUACUAAUUACAUUGUUUACCAUGCUGUAGUGCUUUAAGAACACUACUUAAAAAGCAAAAUAAACUUGGUUUACAUUUAUUUUCCUUUCCUUGGCUUUAUUCUUUUAUUGGAUUAAACGCUCUGAUCACCUUAAAAUUCAAGUAGAAUUUAGAGUAGCAGAAGAAUCCCGUUACGGACCCUGCAAGACCUGGCAGGGACUCCCAUAAUGGCCAUGGGACCUUCCUCUGCAGGAGAGUGGCUCUGCAAAUUGAUUCUUUAAACGUAGGUUUUCAACACGUCUCCCGAAAUGGCCUGCCCAGCAUUGUCUUUUUCCCCUUUAACCCGAGUUUUUGUGGCUCUUCUCAAGCAGUGUAUAAUAUGACCAAAAACAAAAAAAUUAACAUUUGGCAGUAUCAAUGUUACUUUUGCUUAACAUUUCUCCAGAAUUUCUCUUCUGUAUAUCAAAUGCCAACUUUGUCUUGGUUUUCCUGGGACGGGUGGCUUCCAUGUUGCCUACAGUCCUGAGACUGUCUCACUACUUUUUUUAAAAUGCAACAUUCAUGUGCCGUUGUUAAAGAAAAUGAGGGUAGAUGAUUAGUGUUAAUCUUUUUAUAUAAAAUUUGAAUAUCAAAAUAAAGUUGUAUUGUGCCUUUAUUAUCCAUUCAG